UCUCUUCUCUUUGUGGGACUGUACCUGUUAGAGAAACGAUUCGAUUUCAGAUCUUCUCCACAACAAUCUUCAACUAAGUUUCGCAGGAUUAAUGGAGGAGAUCAGGAAUUGAAAUGAUUGUUUCUCUUUUCUUCAAUUAGGCAUGUACUUCGAACGAUUAAUGGAGGAGAUCAGAAAUUGAAUUGAUUGUUUCUCUUUUCUUCAAUUAGGCAUGUACAUGUCCUCAUAUCUUAUUUGUUUUCUACUGUAAGCUGAAAUUUUAGGGUUCUAUAGAUUUUCAUCUUCUUCAUUAUAAUUCCAAACUCUUAACGAUUUGACUUUUAUUUCAAAAUUGGGUUUCCCCUGAAUUAGGUUAGGGCAUCAAUUAGCUAUUCGAAAUUAGGGUUUCCCCUGAAAUUAUUACUGACGUCAAUUUAUAAUUGUGAACGUGUUCCUUGAUUUGGGUUUUUUGCUUACAAUAUUUAGUCUUUUUUACUGAAUUUUUGUAAUUAGUUGCACUGCUUAGUUUUAGGAUGAGACAAAGCCUGAGUUAUAGCAUACAUGAGAUGGUAUAUAUAACAAAUGCAGCUCAAAGGUUUACAUAAUAGGAAAGCAAUAACAAGAAAAGAAGUUGGUGACUUCACUGACUUGGUUCUGAAUCCUGAACUUUUUUAAGUCUGUUGUUGUUGAAUAGGGUGAACCCAGAAAUGGAUACAUCCCAGAGUCGUUAUGCCGCUCAAAGAAGUAGGAUGACCCAAGAACAACGAGAUGCUGAGAACGAAAGACGUCGUGUUCGCGACAGACAGCGUCGAGAAAACAUGACAGCUGAGGAGAGGUUGCUACAAAAUGAGCGUAGGCGAAAUCAAAAUAGAGGGAGGCAACAAACUGCUGAAUCUGAAACAACAGAUGUGGAAACAUCCCAAAGUCGUUUUGCCACUCGAAGAAACCUGCUGACCGAGGAACAGCGGGCUACUGAAACAGAAAGGCACCGUGUUCGUGAGAGAUAACGUCAAGAAAACUUAACAGCUGAGGAGAGGUUGUUACAAAAUGAGCGUAGGGGAAGUCAAUAUAGAGCGGGGCAACAAAAUGUCGAAUCUGAAACAACAGAUGUGGAUACAUCCCAAUCCCAAAUUUGUUUUGCCACUAGAAGAAACCUGCUGACUGAAGAGCAACAAGCUACUAUAACAGAAAGACGUCAUGUUUGCUAUACAAAUAGUCAACAAAACUUGACAGCUGGGGAGAGAUCAUUGCAAAAUGAGUGUAGGAGAAAUGAGUAUAGAGCGAGGAAACAUCUUCCGCCGUCAUCAACAAGCACUGCUGAAGCAAACUUAUUUGAACAUAUAAUGCGACAACACGUUCAAGUAGAAGUGGAGAGAAUAAUCGGUCACGGCUCGGCGUUGUCGAUGAACACUACUGCUGGGUUUUUGGAAUUAGGACCAGAUCAUAGAGCUCCACUACGUACGAGAUAUGAAGAUAUGGUCGAGUUUGAUGAGCAAGUCGACAGGUUUGAAGACGUUCAUGAUGAGAGUCACCAAGAGGAUCCGCAGGAAGGUCAAGCUGAGAUUCCUCAAUCAAACCGUGCAAACAUCAAUACAAAUAGGAGAACAUUGUUGCCUAACAGAGGUUUCCAUAAUGCUGCAAGGGGUUUCAUUGACGAACACUCACUUCACUCCUGCGACUGAAUACCAUCAGCUCAUGCAACCAUUGUGGAGCUAAGCUGUUUCCUCAUGAGACUAAUCAGUUCUGUUGUUUGAACGGAAAAGUUAAACUACCCGAUAUUCCCGUACCUCCGGAACUCAUGCUAUUGUAUACUGUACAAUCAGAACUUGGAGCUUAUUUCAGGCAGAAUAUUCGUUCGUUGAACCAUGUUUUUUCCUUCACAUCCAUUGGGGUACGUAUUGAUCACAACACAGCUAAUUCUAAGAAGGGAAUAUAUACAUAUCGAGCUCAAGGUACUAUGUAUCACAAAAUUGGUAGCCUCAUUCCAGAACCAAGUGAUCGGCCAAGGUUCCUUCAGAUGUACGUCUACGACACCGAACAUGAAUUGGAGAAUCGAUUGAAGGAACAACAGUUUGCUGCCAAGAAAAACAAGGGUAAGGAACAUGAACAAGAGCCACCUGAUAGGGAAGAACCUCUGAAUAGAGAAGUGCUCGCUAUAUUGAAAGCAAUGCUGGACAGAUACAACCCAUAUGUACGUGUAAUUCGUCAGAUCUCUCAAGGUACUAACUUACAUGAUGUUCGUCUACACAUAAAGGAGCAACCAACAUUUCGGCGGACGUAUAACAUGCCGACAUCACCACAAGUAGCGUCUGUAUUAGUUGGGGGAGAAGAACCGAGUGAAGUGCUUCCCAGAGACAUUAUUGUUCAAACAAAUUCCGGGAACCUUUUGAAAGUUCCCGACACAGCAUGUUUCUACGAUCCGCUGCAGUAUCCCUUACUGCAUCCUUAUGGAAGUUUUGGUUGGGAUUUGACUAUUUUCAGUGAUAAUUCAAGAAGGAUAAGUUGUCGAGCAUACUACGCGUAUAUGCUGCAGAUUCGGGAAAACCGGGACUCGAUUCUGUUACGUGGUGGGAAACUACUGCAACAGUACGUGGUCGAUAAUUACGUAAAGAUUUCCACAACGCAGCUGAGAUGGGUUCGAGAUAACCAGAGAACAUUCCGAGCUGAUUGGUAUUCAGGCGUUCUUGAUGCAAUGGAUUCAAAUACAAGUGAUAUUGGACAGCGGGUCAUUCUGCCUCCUUCUUACACGGGAAGCCCACGUGACAUGCAUCAAAGAUAUCAUGACGCUAUGGCAUUGGUUCAGAAGUACGGCAAGCCGGAUUUGUUUAUAACCAUGACGUGUAAUCCUAAUUGGGAGGAGAUCCAGAGAGAACUAAAACCACGGCAACAGGCACAUGAUAGGCCAGAUUUGACAAUGAGAUUUUUUCAUGCUACAUUUGAAGAAUUGAAGGUGGAUCUGUUCACUAAAGGGGUUCUUGGAAAAGUUGCUGCACAUGUUCAUGUUAUUGAAUUUCAGAAGAGAGGUCUUCCGCACGCACACAUUCUUAUCAUCCUGCAAGAGAGAGAGAGACAAAUUGCGUAGCCCAGAUGACUACGAUCUGGUUGUUCGUGCAGAAAUACCAGAUGAGAAAGUUGAACCAGAGUUGUAUGCUUCUGUCCUCAAACAUUAGAUACAUACGCCAUGUGCUUUGUCUGCUGAUAGUGUCUGUAAGAAGGAUGGAAAAUGCAAGAAACGUUUUCCAAAGCAGUUUGCAGCGGAAACUCUAGAAGGCCAAGAUUCAUAUCCAGUCUAUAGAAGACGUGAUGAUGGUAGAGCAAUUACACUCGCCAAUGGAAAAGUUGUGAAUAAUAGUUGGGUUGUUACGUAUAAUCCUUGGCUUUUAAAGAAGUAUGAUUGUCAUAUUAAUGUGGAAAUUUGUUCCAGUGUGCAGUCUGUAAAGUGUUUGUACAAAUACGUGUGGAAAGGGGGUGAUCGUGUCUCAAUGGAAGUUUCAAGCGAGAAAGAGGAGGAAUAUGAGAUCAAGCAUUUUGUAGAUGCUCGAUGGGUUUGCCCGCAAGAAGCUCUAUGGCGGAUAUACCAGUAUCAAAUGAAUAAGAUUUAUCCUCCUGUCCUGUCAUUACAAGUACACCAAAAGGAUCGACAAAAGAUUCUACUACCUGAAGGAAAUACUGUGAGAGAUGUUAUACGACGAGAAAAAACGUCCCACACUCAACUUACUGAGUAUUUAAGAAAAACCAAGAAGAUGAGUUUGCAAGGACUCUCCUCUACAAGGAAUUUCCCGAGCACUACGUGUGGGAUAAGCCACUAAAGCAAUGGCAAAGACGGCGACGGAACAACAAAGUCACCGGUAGAGUUAAUGUUUUUUCUACCUGCAGUGAAAGUUAUCAUUUGAGACUUCUGUUGAAUAGUAUUAGAGGAUCAAAAUCUUUCGAGGACUUGCUAAAGGUGGGAGAUCAGACGUUUUCGACGUAUAAUGAAGUAGCACAACAUUUGUGUUUGUUAGAAAGUGAUACUCCAAUCCGUGAUACACUUCUCGAAGCCGUACAAGUAGAGAUGCCCUGCUCUUUAAGAAGACUCUUUUGCAUGUUGUUAGACUUAUGCAAUCCUACAGGGGUUCGUGAAUUGUGGGAUGAGUUUUUCCCAUACAUGAUUGAAGAUUACUGCCAAUCCAACACAGAAACAGGGGCAAUUAAUCUACUUUUACGGGAAAUAAGGUUUGUUCUCGGUGAAAAGUUAAUGGCCACAUAUAAACUCCCACCAAUCACUGAAGACAUAGGAACUUCAGGAGUAAACGAGUUGGUGUCCGAGGAAUUCAGAAUUCCGGUUUCUCCAGAAGAUUUAUCAUCUAUUGAUAUGCUAAACGCUGACCAGAAAUAUGCAUUUGAUAGGGUAGUGAAUUCCGUUAUUCUUCAUUGAUGGUCCGGGCGGUUCAGGCAAAACGUUUCUCUAUAGGGCGAUAUUGGCUAAGUUACAAAGUGAAAGACGUAUUGCAAUUGCAACUGCGACAUCAGGUAUUGCCGCAACCAUGAUGCCAGGUGGGAGGACGGCCCAUUCUAGAUUUAAGAUACCCGUACCAGCAUACGCAACUUCUACAUGCAACAUAGGCGCAGAAGAUCCUUUGACAAAUUUCAUUCGAAAAGCUGAUUUGAUUAUUUGGGACGAAGCAACGAUGGCGAACUGAUGUGCAUUUGAAGCUCUGGAUACAACGUUAAGAGACUUGACUAAAGUUGAAUUGCCAUUUGGAGGGAAAAUUUUGCUUUUAGGUGGGGAUUUUCGUCAAGUGUUGCCUGUGGUUGAGCACGGGACAAGGGCACAAACAAUUAGUGCUUGCUUGACUAACGUAAAAUUCUGGAAGGAUGUUAUGGUGAUUCGUUUAAAAGAGAACAUGCGUUCAAGGAUGGUCCUAUUCAAGAAA